AUGCCCCGGCCAAAGAGAGAGGACGGCGUGGAGCCCAAGAAGCGCAGUCGUACCGGCUGCUGGCCAUGCAAGGCGCGCAAGGUCAAGUGCGGUGAAGAGAAGCCCGUGUGUGCGAAUUGUGCCAAGAGCGGAGAGACAUGCGACUACAGCAUUCGUCUGAAUUGGGGCGGGCGGAGCAGGAAGGAUAAGGAUGCUACACCAGGCGAGGCUGGGAGCUUCACCUUCGUCGCGACGCCGACCUCUGUCCGCUCGCCUGCAAGCAACAAGAGCUCCGCCCACGAUCAUGUCUUCCCCGCGCAGCACAUUGCCACUGCACCUGCACGCCCACCGAGCAGCCAUCCCGCGAAUCCGCCCACGCCAGAGCCGACUCCGGGGAACGAUGGCAGCGCGCUGGACCCGAGGCUGCGACUCGGCCACCAGGGCCCGCCUUCGAGACCAGACGAGCACUCUGUAGGCCUUCCCUCGGCCGGAUGGCCCGCCUUCUCGAGCGCCCAACAUUCGCCCGCUCCUACCGACCGCACCUCACCCACCUCCGUUCCUGCGACCGACGAGUUCAGCUGGUCUCCACAGCACCGUGCCAAGCGUGUCAAGCUCAACAGUUCACCUGCCACCCAAGCAAGCCCUGUCUUCGCGGUGCCUCAGUAUCCAAGUCAGUCCGACCUUUCUCCGCUCCCGGCGCACUAUACACCACACGGCAUCAGCACUAUCGUGAACACGCCCGCCACCCCUGGAUCCAGCGCAAAUUCUGGCUCUCCAUAUCCCCCGAAUCACGCAAAUCUACAUGUUCACGAUCCGCCUGAUCUGCGCAGACUUUCUGUCAAGUCUCUGCUGUCCGAUCCUUCACAGGAGUCCGAGCGACCGCAUUUCACUCGAAUCGAGAGCCACGGUCAUCGCACGUAUGGAUACGACCAUGGCUUCGCAGAUUUGGAUGUCCCUCACAACGACGAUUUCAACGUCGUGCUUCCCAAGUCGCCGGACCUGCGGCGCCCCAGUGCUGCCGUCUCGGAGAUCAGUACAUCCAGCGGCGAGGUCGACGCGAAGCAGAUUGCGUUUGAACCUGGCGGCUACUAUGCCCAGCCCGUGCCCAUCAAGAUACCGCGCGCCUUGGAACCACUUCCUCCGGAGCUGUUAGAGAAUCAGAUGAAUCUGCUGUACUUCCACCAUUUCAUCAAUCAUACGGGUCGCAUUCUGGUGCCUCACGAUUGUCCCGAGAAUCCCUUCCGCGGAGUGCUGCCACAAAUGGCUGUACGAAACAUUCACCUGCUACGUCUGCUCCUGGCGUGGUCGGCUUCACACAGGGCGAGACUGCUGGAUCAUCCGGAACCUGCGAAUCGCAUCGCCCAAUGGAUGACGGACGUCCUGCCUGCUCUCAGGCAAGCUCUGAAUGAGCCUUCUUCGCCUGGAACGACAGAUCCUGGAGACCCUUCAUCACUGGCACCGCUGGCCACGGCAAUCACGCUGGCUUCACUGGAGAUUGUGACGCCGGACACAUUCUCCGUUCGUAUACCCUGGCAGCAGCAUCUCCAAGUCGCGAGGAACAUGAUUGUGCAAAAGGGCGGGCUGGAUUACCUCGCACGCAAAGCAGACGGCGCAAGAGACAAGGCAAUAUUCUUCCUGUCACGCUGGUUUGCCUACCUUGACGUCCUGGGCAGUCUGUCCAAUCGACACGAGCAGCCUCUGUUUGGGGCGUAUCUAGAGGAUGGAGGUGGCCUGUGGUUGGUCAAUCGCGACAAUGAGGAAAUCUAUCAGAUCGACUGCUUCUUCGGCUUUUCUGGACGCUGCAUAGCACUACUCGCCCAGGUUGCCGAACUCACGGCGCAAUGUGAUAAUCAGCGAAUCGAUCCUGUCACGAACCAAGUGAAGGCGGGCUGGCGGCCUUCCGAAGAGGUUCGACACCAGGCCGAAGAGCUCAAGAAACGAUUGACAGCCAGCGCCGGCACCGUUUUCCGCGGCUGUAUGCACACCGAUCCCACCAGUUCCCAAUUUAACAAUGAGAUAAGGGAUGAGAAGGACACCGAAGAAAUUUAUGCUACCAACGAAGCAUAUCACUGGGCAGGGCUGAUCCACCUGGCACGUCGUGUCCUCGCCCUUCCGUCCACUCAUCCCGAGGUACAGGACUCGGUGCAGAUGGUGUUGUCAUCGCUGCAGAAGGUGCGAAGAGGAAGUUCUGCCGAGUCGUGCUUGUUGUUCCCCAUGUUCACGGCUGGGUGCGAGGCACAGAAAGAGGAGCAGCGUGCGCUGUUCAUGGAUCGUUUGCGGGCGGUCGAGGGCUGGGGCAUGCAGCAUGUUGGUCGAGCACGCGCCCUGAUGCAGACUGUAUGGGACACAGGGAAGCCGUGGGAAACUCUGGUCGAUGGCGAAUUUUUUGGCUAG